CUUAUUUGUAGCAAAAUAUUUGUAUUUUAUAAUUGAUGUGUUAAUGGAAGGUUAUGCAUAUGCAUAUCCCUUCCCUCAAGCGCGUCCCCCAGAAAUGGAGUACCCGGAUCAUGGUGAUGGAUUCGGGGAGUAUUAUGGUUUGGGACCUCUAAGCGGAGAGCGAACCGUUAAAAGAAGCAGCCGCUCUAAACAACGUAAAGCCAGACGGGACACGAAACGUUCAAGAUCGAGAAGUGUGUCUAAAACUCGUUCACGGUCACGAACGAGAUCUCGGCGCGAAUCUCAAUCCCGAUCCCGAUCCCGAUCCCAGUCCCGAUCGAAAUCUCACUCUCGAAGUCGUUCUGGAAGUAAAAAAGAAAUCAACUUUAAAGAGCCGGGAUUUUUAGACGCAUUUAGAGUUUUGUAUCUGACACCCAGCAAACAUAAAAAAAACGAAUCGAAAUAUCUAACAACCAAAAAGCGACAAGAUCGUAUUCAGGAAAUCCUAAAGAGUGACGGUUUAGGGUCGAAGCGUUGGCUCUUCUAUCCCCGGUCCCGGAACCAAGUAGAAACCGAUCCGAUCUCAGUAUCGGGAUCGCGGGAUAGCUGUGACCAAAGGGUGAAAGUCGACGGUGAAUUCUUCAGGAAGUAUAAGAAAAGUAAGCGAGUGGACGUCGACGCGCCAAUAGCGAAGCUGAAAAGGUGGGAGGUUAUUUUUUAUAAGAAGCUAGGUUUUAUACAGGCUGUUUAAUUUUGUGGUGUAAUAAAGUUUUU